AGAGGGAAACCCAGCAACUGCCAUUCUCCUUCAACCCUACUGCUCAUCAUUUUUCCCGCUCAAAAUACAAUCAACAAACAUGGUGGGUCUACCUUACGAUUGUCUAGCAAAUCCACUGGGAGCCGUCCGAUUAACAUUCGAAAAGGCCGUAUCUUCCGGCUCUGAUCCAGCCACGUUCGACGGCAAGGAUUGGGGCGCCACUGAUCUCUUCAACCACUUCCUUUUCCACGAUGCCGGCCUUUCUCAGGUACCAUUUUUGAAUCCUUCAACUAUGACAUGGGUGCAACCAAACACUCUAGUUCGAUUUCGGGGAAUGAUACAAGACAUGUUGGGUAAUGAAUUCUAUGUUGGUGCAUACAAGGAUGGUGAAACUUGGAGAACAAAUAAGUUUGCUGACUUUUCACAAUUCCCUAUGGCUACUGGUUCUUCACCUGACAUGCGUGUGUGGGAGCGGAGAUUACUUUACUGUGUUCCUGUUCCAGGGCAGAAUUCGUGGAUUGAACCUUCUUCUGAAGCACGGUUCAAUCCAAGUUCAAUUUCUUCAUCUCCACAGAGGGAGAAGCGCCAUAGGGAGGAUGAUCCAGCAAUGAACGACAUCGAAAUGCAAGUCAUAAAUGAGGAGGUUCAUGGUUCCACAUCCAACAAAAAGAUGCGUGAGGAUGGAAUCACUUUAAAUUUAUCAAAUCCAACUGAGGGCGUUGGUUCCGUUACAAGUGUGCUUCCAUAUUUUGACAGAACUUCUUUUCCAUGUCUUGUGAAGAUAUACGACUCUCCUGAAUCUGAUUUGAAGCUAAAUGAUGUUUUUGAGUUCAUUGGUGUCUACACAUUUGAUCCGGAGUUUCCAGUAGACAAAAAUGAUAACAACGAUUUGGAGAGCAGUUUGUGUGAUGAUGCACUGACUCAGAUGCCUCCAAGCAAGGUACCCCGACUCCAUUGCCUUGUUCACAGGAAGCUUGCCUCUCAAGACUUUAUUUCAGGUUCACCCACAUUCGAGCUUAAAUCCCACCUUGUGAAAGGAAUAAGGGAAGCUCUAUUAGGGCAUCUCACAACUAUCCUAGGAAAUGAUGGUGUUGCAGCUAAUUUCAUGUUAUUGCAUCUGUUGUCUAAGGUGCAUGCUAGAGUGGAUUCAAUUGCUGUUGGAAAGCUUUCCUUGAACCUAACAUGUUUUAACAAGGAAACUAUGUCUGUUUUUGGUGAUCGUCUCAACCUUGCACUCAAGAACCUUCUACCGUUCACACAUUCUGUACCUUUAACAGUGGAUUACCUGAACAAAGUUUCUCUUGCCCCAAAAAAAGAUUAUCACACUAACAGGCUGGUACCAGGGGUACUGCAACUUGCUGAAGGCUCUCAUGUAACUAUUGAUGAGACACAAUUACUAGCAGGGACACUUAAUCCUUCCGGGGCUGAUAAUGCAAGAGUCCUGAAAAGCUUGUUGGAAUCACAAAAGGUUGAAUAUGACUUCACUUAUUAUAAGAUGGACAUGCCUGCAGACAUUCAGUUGCUAGUUCUUUCUGAGGGGAAAUCCAAUAUACUCCCAGCAGAUUUGGUUUUACCUUUCCGUCCAUUGUCAGUAGACGCUGUUCAAGAUGUUGAGACAGAAGUUCUGCGAGCUUGGAGAUGGUACCUGGCUACUAUGAGAUCAUUGUCACACUCUAUUGAGCAAGAAAUGCAGAAGGUCCUAGAAGAUGACUUAGUAGCUGCGAGGCAGGAAGAUAGAAGCUUAACUAGUCUAGAUUUCAGCAGGUUACUAACAAUGGGGCGUCUUGUAUCUCUAAGUUUUGGUGAAACCUCAUUAACACUUGAACAUUGGCAAAUGGCCAAAGAACUAGAGCGCCUCCGUAAGGAGAGAUUGCAGGGCAAUUAAUAGAGCCUUAUGGUAACGAGGGAAAUAGCGUCAUGAACCAUGUAUACUUUCUUCACUCCGUAUAAAAUGAUGAUGUGCCUAAUCCUACAAGAUGUGCUGGUAGAAUGGACUGUCGUUCUGCUUAGCAGUCUAAUUAAGGUCAUGUUAUGAACUCCUAUUAUCAAUAGAAAAUUUCUGUUUUUGUGACAACCAA